GAGCUGGUUGACAGGAGUCACGUGAUGAGUCGUAACUUCCUUGUUUUUGUCGGAAACCAUUAAACUAAAACCAUUCCAGUAAUACACGACCAAAAUAAACAGGAGACGAAAUGCAUAUUACCAGAUCCGUCACUUACAGGCGGAGGCGGCAAGGCGGUACCACCUAGGAGUUCUCCCAUAUUCUGGAUCCUUCCAUCUGUCUCCCUCUUUAUGUGUGAAUCAUGAUGCUGUGCUGGGGAAGCAGUGGCUCGGGUCAGCUGGGCAUCGGUGCCUCGGAGGCGUCUGUCUUUGAGCCGAGGAGCUGUUGCAUGUUCGACGGGAGGGGUCUUAAAGAAGUUGCCUGCGGCAGCCAACACUCGCUCUUCCUGUUGCAUGAUGGGAGCGUUUACGCCUCUGGCUCCAACAGCUUUGGUCAGCUGGGCCAUGACAAGGGAGGAUGGAGGCCAGAGCUGGUUGGAGCUCUGGAUGCUCAGAAGAUUUCCGGUGUGUCGUGUGGGCAAGCUCACUCUCUGGCGGUGAACGAGCAGGGGCAGGUGUUUGCCUGGGGGGCUGGAGAAGGAGGGCAGCUCGGUCUGGGUGCAGCUGAAGAGGUGGUCCGUGUGCCCAGGUUGAUUAAAAAAUUGUGCGAGCAUCGAAUCUCACAAGUAAUGUGUGGAAACCAACACUGCAUAGCACUUUCCAAAGAUGGUCAGUUGUUUGUAUGGGGAGAGAACUCCAGCGGUCAGCUGGGUUUAGGGAAGGGAGAGCCCAGCACUCUGUCUCCUCAACCGCUCAAAUCUCUGAGCGGGAUCCCUCUGGCUCUGAUCAGCGCUGGAGGAGACCACAGCUUCGCCCUGUCACUCUCUGGAGCCGUGUUCGGCUGGGGGAAGAACAGCGCCGGGCAGCUGGGCCUCAAUGACGAGCAAGAUCGGGCUGUUCCCUGUCACAUCAAGUUCCUGCGCUCACAGAAGGUGGUGUACAUCAGCUGUGGAGAGGAGCACACCGCUGCCUUGACAAAGGACGGGGGUCUGUUCACAUUUGGAAAUGGUUCAAGAGGACAGCUGGGCCACGAUUCCACCAGAAACGAGCCUCUUCCACGCAGAGUCAUGGAGCUCAUGGGCACUGAGGUGUCUCAGAUCGCUUGUGGGCGGCACCACACCCUGGCAUUCGUGCCCUCCACUGGUCUGGUUUACGCUUUCGGCUCCAACACUCAGGGCCAGCUGGGUACAGGCCUCAGAGGAAAUGCUAAGAGCCCACUUCCUGUCAGAAACAUCCAGCCCCUGUGCAUUGGAUACACACACACAAAAGCCGAGUGCUACACCGUUGGUAAAAUUCACAGUGGAGGCGACCACAGUUUCCUGUUGUUGUCGACUACAAAGGCGGGUUCAUCUUGUCCAGAGGAUUUUCGCAUUAUGAAUACCACCAAAAGCAUCGCUGUGAUUAAUUCUGAGAGUCUGGACAGCUGGAGGAUGAAGCUCCAUGACAACAGCGAUUCAAGCAUCACCAAUGACAUCAUACUCCUGUUUUCCUCAACUGCAUGUUGGAACGCCAGCUUUUUAGACCAAAGUGAUGAUGGGCAUUUCAAAACCAACCCCAAAGUCCCAGGCAUCGAUUUCAAUGCUGUUAGGCUGCUUUUUGAGACGCUGAUGAAACCGGCCUUCGCAAGACUUUUGGAGCAGGCCACCAAGAGCUUUGAGAGUCUCCUGAUCCCCCAGCUGCCCUGCUCUCCUCCUGACGUGGAAGCCAUGCGGAUCUACCUGAUCCUGUCUGAAUGUCCCGCUCUCCACGACUCCAAAAACUACAUCUCUCUCACCAUCCCUCUAGCCAUGGCCAUCCUCAGACUGGACGCCAACCCCAGCAAAGUCCUCGAUAACUGGUGGUCUCUGAUGGAUUGCGAGGUCUUCUCCAGACUCGUGGAGAUGUACAAAAGCAUUGUGGUGUUUCUGUUGACUGGCGGGAAGGCGCUCCUGAUGCCUGUGUUUCUGGAGAGCUACACCAGUGCUGCCCUGCGACUGCUGGAGAAACUUCACAAGGUCAAUCUGAAAGCCCAACGCGUGGAAUACAACCACUUCUACAUCCCUGAUAUCUCCAGGCUGGUGGACAUCCAAGAAGACUACCUCAAAUGGUUUCUACGCAAAGCUGAUAUUAAAAUGCGAUGCCCUCCAGUGCAGGGUUCUGUCACGUUAUGUGCCUAUCCGUUCAUAUUGAACGCGCAAGCCAAGACAACCGUGCUGCAAACAGAUGCCGAGCUGCAAAUGCAGAUGGCAGUAAGCGGCGCUAACUUGCACAACGUCUUCAUGCUGUUGACUAUGGAACCUUUGCUGGCAAGAAACCCUUUCCUGGUGCUCCACGUACGAAGGAACCUCUUAGUCAGCGAUGCUCUCCGGGAACUCACAGUCUACAGUGACGUAGACUUGAAGAAGCCACUUAAGGUGAUCUUUGAUGGAGAGGAAGCUGUGGAUGCUGGAGGAGUCACUAAGGAGUUCUUCCUGCUCCUGCUGAAGGAGCUGAUGGAUCCCAUCUAUGGCAUGUUCACCCAAUAUUCUGAGUCCAAUCUGCUGUGGUUCUCCGACAAAUGUUUUGUGGAGCACAAUUGGUUCCACUUGAUUGGGAUCAUUUGUGGCUUGGCCAUCUAUAACUCCACUGUGGUGGACUUGCACUUUCCCCUGGUGCUCUACAAGAAGCUUCUGAACGUUUCGCCUACACUGGAUGACCUGAAAGAGCUUUCGCCUACAGAGGGAAGGAGUCUUCAGCAGCUGUUGGAGUAUGAGGGCGAUGUGGAGGAGACCUUCUGUCUGAACUUUGCAAUUACGAGAGAGUAUUAUGGGAUCACAGAAGUUAAAGAGCUGGUACAAGGAGGGAAGACCAUCGCCGUAGACAAGACGAACAGGAAGGAGUUUGUUCAUGCGUAUCUGCAGUAUGUGUUCAGCGACUCUGUGCAGGAGCAGUAUUUGGCCUUCUCCAGCGGUUUCCUGAAGGUCUGUGGUGGGGAGAUCCUCUCUCUCUUCCAGCCCUCUGAGCUCAUGGCCAUGGUGGUGGGCAACAGCAACUACAACUGGGAGGAGAUGGAGAAGAAUGCAUCCUACAAGGGCGAGUUCUCUGCAUCCCACCCAACAGUUAAGAUGUUUUGGGAGGUGUUUCAUGAAUUUCCCUUGGAGAAAAAGAAACAGUUUUUAUUAUUUUUGACAGGCAGUGACCGUAUCCCCAUCCACGGCAUGGCCAGUCUACGCAUCGUCAUCCAGUCGACUGCUGCGGAAGAGCACUACCUUCCUGUGGCCCACACCUGCUAUAACCUGUUGGACAUGCCCUGCUACCAGACCAAAGAGACCCUGCGGCACCGGCUCACGCAAGCCGUGGAGCAGUACGAGGGCUUCAGUCUGGUCUGAGCAGGAUCUACAGAGGUGGCUUUCUCUAUGCUGACACUGCACUUUAAACCUGUGGAGAAAUGGAAACGAAUGCUGCUCUCGUGUUUAUUUUACCACAGACGAGCACAUCCUGAAUCUCAUAUGAGUAAAUGUAUUAUUUUCUUAUUUUUACAGCCGGACUCUGACUUGCUUAUUUGCUUGAAUCUUGAGAUGUGCACAGUUUUGUUUUUUUGUUUCUUUGCUUCCGUUUUGGUUACAAAAACGUAUAUUUUUUAAAUGACAAAAGUAAAUAAUAAGAUUAGGAUUGAGCUGGCAAAGCAUUAUUUCAUUUGACUUUCUUUAUAGUUGUAUAAUUGUUUUUGGAUCAGAUUUUAAAACCCAUCGUUUGCUCUUGUCUAGACCCCGUUAUUUUGUUAGGCAUGUCCAAACCUAUUCCCUGAGGGCCACUGUCUAGCAGAGUUUAGCUCCAGCCCUAAUUAAAACAUCUGAACCAGCUUAAUUUAGGUCUUCAUAGCUGGGUGUUUAAUCCCAUUCAGAAAGAGCCAUUGCAACCCUACAAAUCGGGGGCUCGUCCGGGAUCAAGACAGUAGAAGUAACACAGCCCCAUCAGCACAUUAUACCGGACAGACAGUUUCAGGCCAAAUACAUUUGGGAUGUCCAAUCCUGGUUCUGGAGGGCUAAUGUCCUGCAUUGUUUAGCUCCAACUUGUCCCAACAUACCUGCCUGGAAGAUUCUAGUAAUCCUGAAGACCUUGAUUACCUUGAUUCAGGUUUGCAUUCAACUAGGGUUAGGGUUAAACUCUACAGGACAGUGGCCCUCCAGCAACAGGAUUUCAAUACCUCUGCAAUACAUUAAAGGGAUUUAACUUGAUGAAAAAUCUCUUUUGUUUCUGAGCUUUCCAGUUCGGUUUGUGCAUUUUCACGUUUCCACUCCACUGGUUUUCCUUUAAUGUACAGUAGCAAGCCAUUAGCAUAAAAAUCUCUCUUAUUAAUGAUAGGCAUGCAUGAGCAUGCCAUGCCCAGGUUGAACGCUGAAGCUGCUUUUUUUGAAAUAUUUUAAUGGACUAUGGGGAAAAAAUACGAUAUUUCUUUUAAAGUGACAUCCAGUUGAGAUUGAAUUGAGGUACAAAUCCAGCAAUAACUACUGGUUGAUGUACGUGUACUAGUUAUGGGAUUUGAAUUAUGUUUUAAUCCAACAAAUGUGAAAAUUCUAUCAGCCAUCUUCUUCUUCCGGUCAAUCCAUUGCCGCUUUCUGUUGUUUCCCAUGAAGGUCUCGUUUUCUACUCUCAUUUUCUUUCUGAGUGGAACAUUAAUGUUGGGUUCAGAAUGACUUACAUUUGUGGUUUCUGAUAUGGUGCACUAUACAGGACCGUCAGGGACCACAGCGAGUUGUUUGCUGUGGGCUGUGGUGUUUCACAUCUAGCUCCAUGAGAUGUAUUUGUUUGUACUUGAUGGAAGGUCAUAUAAAGAAGGGUUUCUAUCCACCUUAUUCCUUUCUGUCAAUGUAUGCAAACAAGGGCUUCUUAGUGGCUACCAAUGCAUUGUUAUUUUAGUAAAGUAUAUUUACUUUUAUAGCUUUCAAAUUGAAUAUAUUGUUUUAUCUAUUUUUUUCCAGAACAAUAAAAUGACUUCACCUCGGA